AUGGUUACGAUUACGAUACGUUUGGUAGGUGAAGAGAAAGAUAGUUUAUUCCAUUUAUGUGAGCUGGAUCCACAGAUUCAUGUAGAUGACCUGAAGAAAGAAGUUAAGAGUGUGACGAAUAUCCCACCAAAUUUUCAACAAAUCGAGUUUCGUUCUGAAGAACUACCCGACUCGCUUCAUCCUCUCGAAUCGAUCAACGAUUUUGAGGAACUGGUUGUGAAGCAUGUACAUCUCGACCACUGGAAAGCAUAUGUCUAUUGUGCAGAAGAAUUUAAAAAUGCACGUGGGAACGGCACAAGAAAAAUGCUUGCGCAACAUGCUCAAGGAUCAUAUGAUAUGCUUCGUAGAUGUUCAUUUUUCCGUGCUUAUGCCAACUUCCAUAUCGCGGUCUUAAAGUAUCACCAACCAAUCAGCGAGUAUUUGGAUGAUAAGUACAUCCUAUGGAUACAGAAUGCCACAAAAUACUUCUUCGCAUUGUCCAUGUUCAAAGGACAGAAUCCAGUAGUUGAAUUCGAAGAAACAAACUCUGGAACGCGUUCGGCAGUGAUAUGCAAGAUCACAGUGAAUUCAAUUACUAACAAAUAUCGAGUUAAAACCAACCACAACGCCAGAGGAAGUAGUCAAGCCAGCUGUUGGGACCUCGAUCUCAUCGAGCUUUAUUGUUAUAAACUUCUCGAGUCGAUUGGAGUAGGUAGUAAAAUUGCGUUUAUUCCGAAUUUUUUUGCACCCAAAUCAAACGUGUAUAUUGGAAGCGAGUGGUUGGCAGAUUUUCAAUCUUUCAACUCGAUUAAACAAGUUAAUACGACUGAAGUCUCUCAUGCUGUCGUUCAAAUCUAUUUCUUGGCUGUAUUUCUUUCACUUGGCGACAUGCACGAUGACAAUUUUGGAAUCAAUGCAAACUCCGAUCCAAUAAUAUUGGAUUUCAUGAUGUCUAAUUAUAGAAAUCCCGUGAACACAUUCUUGAACAGGGACGAUAAUCUUUCAAUCCGAACUCGCGAUAUAUUGUUUAAUUGUGACACUACUACAAGACUUCAAAUUGCCAAAGAUGUUAUUCGGAAAUGGAAUCUCAUGGACAAGUUGGGCGAGGUUCUAGAAUUGAUGAACCAAGAAAUGAAGGAUUUUGGUCUAAUGAAGUUUGACUUGGACAAGAAGACACGAGAUUUGGAGGAGUUUGUCGAAAAAGUGAGAACAAAUAUCUGGGAUCUGUUUCGCGAUUGA